AUGAUUGCGUUACAAAACCAGGCCAUCUUACCCUCCGCCAAAGUGGAUAUCUCACUGUUACUGAAACCCCAAGAUGAAGAAGAGACCGCCUCGGUGACUAAUGCGCCCUCCUAUGCGACGAAUACGAUAUCUCAAGCUUCAUUGGUCCCGGCUCUGCCUGUGGCGACACCGUCUACUAUUCAUUCAGCAUCGGCGGUCCCGCCGCUCACCAAGGUUCCCUCCUCAGUCCCUGUCAAGCGUCUUCAACCAGCACAUACGGCGGAGUCCCCUGCCAAGAAGCAGUCAAAAUGGUCUCCCGAGGAAGAUGCUCUUAUCAUCGAGUUGCGAGGCAGUGGUAUGAAGUGGGAAGAUAUCAGCAAGCGCCUUCCGGGGCGAAGUGCCAUUAGUUGCCGUCUUCACUAUCAGAAUUAUCUGGAACGCAGAAGUGAAUGGGACGAGGAUAAGAAAAACAAGCUUGCGCGACUAUAUGAAAGGUUCAAGGCCGAGAUGUGGUCGAAGGUCGCAGAGGAAAUGGCGAUUCCAUGGCGGGCAGCGGAAGCCAUGCAUUGGCAACUGGGAGAGCAGGAGAUGGCUCGUCGUGCCGGAGUUGUUCCUUUCUCGCUGUCAAGCACUGCUAUCGAUCCACCUGCGCCCAGAGCACGCAGAGCCAGCACAUCUUUGUCUCGGCCGAGGAAAGGAUCGAGUUCGCGUUCGAUACACCUUCCCCCGCAGCUUCCAUCCGUUGAGGAACUCACUGCUGGAGUACCCGCAUUUGCGCCGCCUCCGCCUUUUCUGCCACCCCGCGAAGCAUAUAGGAUAAGCCGCCCUUUGGAUCUGGGUGGUAGUCAAGGCGGCCCAUUCGGCCCAAAUCUCGGUCUUCCUCCUCGAACUCUUCCCUAG